GUGCCCCAGAAAAAGUGUAUAGCGAUUGGUUUUUAUUAUUCACUGUGAACAGUUAUCUUCUAGUGCAUAUGUUUUUACGAAGCAGUGAAAUUUCUUCUAGUUAUAAGUUAUUUAUUACAAGAUAACAGUAAACAUUUGUUUAUUUUCUUCUCAUUUAUGCUAAAAAAGAAAUAGGAGACACUGAUUUGUGAUGACAACUUUUCUCAUCUCUGAUUGAAUUAUUGAUCUUUCUGUGUUGUUUAAAGUGAUGAUUCAUAUAAGCACUUGGUUAAUGAAAACGGAAUUAUUGUCUUAACUAAUAAAACAUGAAAUCUAGUAUCACAUUAAAACAUUUUAUGAUUACACUAUAUUUCUGCUUGGAUAUAAAUGUACUGUGUUCUCAACGUAAACGUGAUAAACUCACAGUUGCUGGUAUACCUGGUGAUAUAAUGCUUGGGGGAUUAUUUCCUGUACACACAUCUGGUGCAACUACAUGUGAUUCAAUUAAUCCUGAAAGAGGAGUUCAAAGAGUUGAGGCAAUGCUUUUCACUUUGGAUGAAAUAAAUAACAACAGUAAAUUAUUACCAGGUUUAACUAUAGGUGCUACAAUCCGUGAUACCUGUUCUGAUACAAAUCAUGCAUUAGAACAAGCAUUGAAAUUUGUUCAAGCGAGUCCUACAAGUUGUGUGACACCGUCACCAUCAUCAUCACCACAACGGGGUGGACAAACAAGCACAGCUUCUCAACAACCAGAACAAUUAAUUACACGUGGAGUUGUUGGCGGUUCUUAUAGUUCAGUUACAAUACUUGUAGCAAAUUUAUUUCGGUUAUUUUCUUUACCACAAAUAUCUUAUGCAUCAACAAGUGCUAUAUUGAGUGAUAAACGUGCAUUUCCAUUAUUUGCACGUACUGUACCAUCAGAUGUUGUACAAGCUCGUGCAAUGGCUACAUUAGUUUCAGCGCAUAAUUGGACUUAUGUCUCUACAGUACGUAGUGCAGGUGAUUAUGGUGACUCAGGUAUGGAUGCAUUUUGGAAGGAAGCUGAUAAACUUGGCGUAUGUAUAGCAGCACGUGAAGUGAUCAGAGGUAAUACUGGUCCUGAGGACUUGGAUAACAUAGUUAAUGUGCUUAGUAAAGACUUUGCUAAAGCUAGGGUUGUUGUCUUAUUUACCGGCAUGGAUCACACAAAGUUAUUAUUAGAUGCAGUAAGAAGAGCUGGCCUGGUAAAUCACUUUGUAUGGAUAGCUAGUGAUGGAUGGGGCAGAGAAAAUGUUCCAGUCUCAAAUAAUUCAAGGGAGGCAAAUGGUGCAUUGACUAUAGAGAUUCAAGCUGAGCCAAUUAAACAAUUCACUGAUUAUUAUCUUUCUUUAGGCAGAGAGAAUCAUAGAAAUCCAUGGUUUCAAGAAUACUGGCAAGAGUUAACACAGUGCAGAGAAGGUGUGACUGAGAGUAGAGUGAGGAAAUCUACUGAUUCUAAACGUUACUUUAUGAGUAAAUCACUGAAAAAUGAGACAAAUUUUGGAAUUCUGAAUGAUAUGCCAACUGAAAGAUCAUCUUAUUCACCAUCAUCCUGUAGUAAUAGACCAGAUUUAAAACUACGUGACAUUCUUGGACCUGAUUUUAAACAGGAAGCAAAAAUUCAAUUUGUUUAUGAUGCUGUCUAUGCAUUUGCUUCAGGAUUACAUAUACUUCAGCAGAAACUAUGCCCAGGUAAUCCAUUGCAUCCUAUGUGGGACAAAAGAGGCUGUUUAGAAAAGAUGCUCAACUAUUCAGGAACUGAUUUUUAUCAAUUAAUGAUCAAUACGUCUUUUACAGACAACUAUGGUAAUUACGUUGCCUUCGAUGAAAAUGGUGAUGGAUAUGGACAAUAUUCAAUAUAUAAUUAUGCACGUGAUCCAUAUACUGGCCAAUAUCAUUAUCGUUUGGUUGGAGAUUUUCAAGGCGGUAAACUAACAAUGCGUGCACGACCUAUAUGGCCUGGUGGUGAAUCAAAAAACUUUCCAAUUAGUCAGUGUUCUGAAGAAUGUGGAUUUGGCGAAAUACGUCGUCUGGACAAGAAGCAACAGUGUUGUUGGUCAUGUGAAACAUGUGGUGUGGAUCAGCGUGUAGUCAACUUAACACAUUGCGAAACAUGUCCAUUUCAACACUGGCCUUCAAAAGAUAAGAAAACAUGUGAAUUGUUAGAGCUCCAUUAUAUUGAUAUUUCAACUUGGUUCGCAAUCGUCCCAAUAACUUUUAGCAGUCUUGGAAUAUUAAUCACUGCAGGAGUUAUAGUUACUUGGCUUUUAUAUUCUGAAACACCUUUGAUUCGAGCUACAGGACGUGAGUUGGCUUAUGUACAACUAGCAGGAUGUCUUGUUUGUUACUCAUGUACGUUUAUUUUGAUUGCGAGGCCGUCAAUUUUUACAUGUUCAAUGCAAAGAAUUCUUAUUGGUCUUGGAUUCGCUAUGAUGUAUGCAUCACUGUUAACAAAAACUAAUCGUAUCGCAAGAAUUUUCGAUGCUGCAAAACGUACUACUAAACGUCCUGUAUACAUUUCACCGAGAUCACAACUUGCUAUUGCUGGAUCACUGAUCGCCUUGCAAUUAUCCUUAUCAGCUAUAUGGUUUGGAUUUGAUUCACCUGAUACACGUAUCGACGAAAUUCGUCCUGGUUUCUUAGUUCUACGAUGUGCAAUGAAAGAUAAGAGUUUUUUAAUUUCUUUAGCUUAUAACAUGAUUUUAAUUAUUGUAUGCACAGCAUAUGCUAUAAAAACUAGACAAAUUCCAGAGAAUUUCAAUGAAUCCAAAUUUAUUGGUUUCACUAUGUAUACAACUUGUAUUAUAUGGUUAGCAUUCCUGCCAAUGUAUUAUGCUACAAUUAGUAAUCAUCAGAUUCAAAUUGCAACUUUAUGCAUAUCUGUAGAUUUAAGUGCAAGUGUUAUGCUGUGCUGUUUAUUCUUUCCAAAGUUAUACAUCAUUUAUUUACAUCCAGAGAAAAAUGUACGCCGUUUAACAAUGAAUAAUAUGACAGCUAAACAAAAAUUUGCUAAUUUAGUUAAACAGAAAGCAUCAACUAUAACAACUUCAACAAGUGUGUGCGUGUCAAGUUAUGUCUCAGACAAUACUAGUUUAACAGUGAGCAGUAGUACAAAAACUGGUUUACAAACAGAUUCAGAUAGAGGAAUAUUAACCAGUCCCGCUGGUCCAACACAAUCGAAUAUGGCUAGUCCAAAUUGUUUGAAAACAGAUUCUGAUAUAGAUGACUCAUUGUCUCAAUAAUCGAUUCUUCAAUGACCCAUCUCGCAGUUCUUCAUCAAUUACUCAGUCUGUUCAAGUGAUCUGUAAUUCAAUUGUCAGCGAUCAUAUCAAACCAACGAGUACUACAACAACAAUAACUACUACUAACACGACCACAACAACUUCUACAACUACAACAUCUCUUGAAUACAAACAGUCAUCGUCCUACGUUAAUACAUUAUUUAUGAAUUAUUUAAACAGAAAACAAAGUGAUUGUUUAUCGAAUACAUCAUAUUGUGAUUUCCCAACACCAACGCCAUUACUGUUAGACAACAUACCAAAUCGUUUGUUGCUGGUUAAUUCAGUCUACUGUGAUGAAGACAGUGCUACUAUCACUGAGGAUGAAAAAGCUCCAGUAACUAUUACAAAAUCUUCAUCGACAAUGAGAACUUCUACAGAAACGACAAUAUACCCAGGCAUAAUGAGUAAUAUGAUGACUAAACGAAUGAAUAUGACUACCUCAACAGGUAUUACUUCUUCAGUUGAACUAAACCCAACUAAAACUGAUCAAUACAUUCAAGGUCAAAAUUCAAAUUGUAAUCAAUAUUCAAACUGUUGUAGUCAUCAUCCAUCCAAUAAAACAAUAACAAAUAAUCCAUUGAAACAAAUACCACCAUCAUCAUUAAUAACUAAUCGUUAUGCAUCAUCAUUUUCACCGACUAAUUCACUUGGUUCAAUUGAAUCACCUAAUUUAAGUGCACCAAGUUCAGAAUUAUAUAAUCAUAGUUAUGGUGAAGAUACAGUAAUGAUGCAAAAUAGUGAAAAUAUUGACAGUUCAUUUCGUGAUAGCGAAUCAUUAUUUGUACGUAUAGAUAAGCAGGAAAAAACAAAUUCACGUAAUAUUGAUUAUACAAAACAGACUGUUACAGCAUUAUGACUAUAAUUCUUGUCAUUUCUAAUUAUAGACUUUAAAGAUGUAAACACUAAAAGUAUUAUACAUAUAUAUAUACACCUAUUUUAUAUACAUGCUGUUAAUGCUUAGUGUUUUUAUAUUGUUAUUCUUUCGCAUAAUAGUCUUGUUCCACAAUUAUUUUUAAAAAAGGUUUAAUUUAAGAAAGAUUUGCCCCACUUUUCUUCAUUUUCGUAAAAAUAGACAAAUAUUUUCAAUCUUUUUUCAACAGGACUAUUUAGUUCAGAAUAAUUCCAGUAGUGAUAUCAAUGUUCACGACUUGUAAGAAUCUGAGCAAACUUCAUGAUAAGAUUGUACAAUUGAGCGUCAGUAAAAUAUAAGCAGAUGGUGUCUUUUUAAGCGACUAAUAAUGAUUACGAAAGUAUCAUUUAUAUAUAUUCUUAUCAACUAUUCUUAUUUCCUCUACAUAUUUUUUUAUAUUUCCGACUUUAUAGCUAAUAAUAAAUUAAAUGAGCUAUAUAUAUACAUAUAUACAUAGAUAUGCGAAAGGACGUGUAGGAAGGAGAAAGAAACUAACCCAAUGAACUGUUACAAAUUUUAUGCCUAAUAUAACAAAAAAUAUGUAAUAUGUUUCUAACGAAACUGUAGAUAUAUUUUUUAUUAAUAACAAUAAUAAUUAUUAUUUCAUUUAAUUAACUAACUGAUUCACUUAUCAAUUCACAACUGCUAAUUUUACAGAUGACCAGUUAAAAAGUUUGUGUGUGUGCGUGUGUAUGAAAGCGGAACAGAGUGAG